AUGUCUCUGGAGACGCACGACCUCGAAACAUCCCCUUUGUUGUCGCCUGUUGGCUCUCCGGACAGCUCACCGCGACAAUCGAUCGAACACCAGCGCAAAGCAACAGUCCUCGACGAACGGAACAUUGAAAACGAUGUCCUCCCCGAAGAAUCUACGGCUGGCCGCAAUAUUGGCUGGGGAAGCGCGUACGUCCUGGUGAUUUCUCGAGUUAUUGGAUCUGGUAUUUUUGCCAUGCCCGGGACGAUUGUGCAGAACGUGGGAAGCCCGGGCUUAGCUCUGGUACUUUGGAUCGUUGGCGCGCUGGUUGCAUGGGCUGGUCUUGCCAUUGAUAUGGAGUACGGUUGCAUGCUACCUCGAUCAGGCGGAGCGAAGGUUUACCUGGAGUACACCUUCCGCAAACCGCGAUUUCUUACUUCAACCAUGGUCGCUGUCCAAGCUGUCCUGCUGGGGUUUACGGCCAGCAAUUGCAUUGUGUUCGCCAAGUACACGCUGUUUGCGGCAGGCGUUACUCCUGGGGAUAUCAAUACCAAACUCCUGGCAGUUGGGCUGCUGACGUGGAUUACAAUUGUCCACAUCUGUUUCUACAGGACCGGUAUCUGCAUCCAGAAUGUUCUAGGGUGGCUCAAAGUCGGAUUGAUUGUCUUCAUGAUCUUGACCGGCCUAUUCGUCGUUUUGUUGCGACCUGUUUCUUCCUCCAGCGCCGCUCCCAGCGGACCAGCAGGCACCAGCUCCUGGAAUGAUUUAUGGGCGGGCUCAGAUUGGGCGUGGAACACCUUGUCGACAGCUUUGUUCAAGAUUUACUACUCCUACGCAGGACUCAGCAACAUCAACAACGUACUGAACGAAGUCAAGGACCCCAUCCGAACCAUCAAGUCUGUUGGUCCAGCUGCGUUGCUCACAGCUUGUAUUAUGUAUAUUCUUGUCAAUGUCGCAUACCUUGCGGUGGUACCGCUGGAGGAAGUCAAACAGAGCAGCGAGCUUAUUGCAGCGCUUUUCUUCGAGCAAGUAUUUGGCGCCGGUUUCGGCAACGUUUUCCUCCCACUGGCUAUUGCUCUGAGUGCAGCGGGAAAUGUCAUGGUAGUUACUUUUGCCCUGUCCCGAGUGAACCAAGAAGUUGCAAGGCAAGGCUUUUUACCAUACGCGGCACUUCUGGCGUCUUCAAAGCCAUUUGGUACUCCUAUGGGAGGGCUCAUCGUUCACUAUGUACCGUCGACUCUAGUCAUUGCCAUACCACCCUCUGCCACAGUCUAUGCAUUCAUCGCCGAUGUUGAAGGCUAUGCGGGAUCGUUCUUUGGUCUGGCGGUCGCUGCUGGCUUGAUCCUUCUCCGCUAUCAGAAGCCAGACCUGCGACGACCGUUCAAAGCUUGGAUCCCAGCCGUGUGGCUCAGACUUCUGUUGUCCGUGGCCUUGAUCGGUGCUCCAUUCUUCCCUUCCAAGAAGGGCCACUCGGACGUGGACUUCUUCUAUGCGACCUACGCACUAGUAGGGAUCGCCAUACUCCUGUUUGGAGUUUGUUAUUGGUUCGUAUGGACCAUUGCUGUGCCGCGUUACCGAGGUUAUACACUGGAAGAGGAAGCAGGCAUAUUGGACGACGGGACGACCAUCACGAAACUUGCCCGCAAGGAAUUAUAA